AUGCUGAUGCGCCUACAGCGCUAUGAUGUACAGCUAAAGUACGUUCCUGGAAAGGAAAUGUUCAUAUCUGAUGCUUUAAGCAGAGCUUAUUUGAAAGAGUGCAAAGAGACACUAGUAGAUGAAAACAUAGAUGUGAACUAUAUCGAACAAGAACUUUCUAUGACAGAGGAAAAGCUACAAGAACUAAAGGACGCAACAGAAGCAGACGAACAGUUCCAGACACUAGCAGACAUUGUUAGAGUAGGAUGGCUUGAGAUGCGCUCACAAGUUUCAACUUGUGUAAGGAUGUUCUGGAACUACCGAGAUGAGAUAACCGUGCUGAAUGGACUACUUUACAAAGGACAGUCCGUUAUGAUUCCUCUAUCGCUGCGACGCCAAAUGCUGAACAGGUUGCAUGAACCUCACCUUGGAAUAGUGAAAAUUAAACAGAGAGCCAGAAACAUAAUAUUUUGGCCGAACAUGAACUAUGAUAUAAAGCAGUUGAUACAGUCCUGUGGAUUGAACUAUUACUCGAAAUUCCCAGACAUCAUACCACUUCCUGAUCUGCGAGCCCGAUCUACCAUUGCUGCAUGUAAGGCAGUGUUUGCAAGAAAUGACAUACCCUUAGAACUGUUUUCAGACAAUAGACCGCAGUUCAGCUGUCAGGAGUUUAAGAGUUUUGCAUCAGAAUGGGAAUUCACACACAAGACGUCAAGCCCCCGUUAUCCACGUUCAAAUGGUCAGUCUGAGCGAUGUUUUCAGACAGUGAAACAACUUCUCAAAAAGGCCGAAGAGAGCAACACCGACCCAAAUAUUGCUCUUCUCGAAUACAGAAAUACACCGAUUGAUGGAGUUGGAAAAUCACCAGCACAGUUUCUGAUGAACAGAAAUUUACGUUCAAAGCUGCCCACUACGCAAACAUGGUUAGAGCCAGUUAGAUAG